GCGUUCAACUUUAAAGCGAAUAUGCCGCGGAAACUACUAAAAUUUCUCAUUAUCUUCGAUAAUACUUCACUACUGUACUUUCCGGGCCAAUUUCUUUCCGGGCGUGUACUCAUAGAACUGCAAGACGAAACACCAGCUCUGGGUCUACAUUUUCAUGUAGUUGGAGAGGGUGUUGUGCGGGCUGGAGGUCGACAAGAACGCACAUACGACAAAGAAAACUACAUUGAUUUCCGUAUGCGUCUGCUCGGCGAUGUAGAUCAAGGCCCAGCGAUACUAUCUCCAGGCAUUCAUAGUUUUCCCUUUAAAUUGGGUCUCCCAGUCGGAUUGCCAUCCACAUUCCUAGGCAGUUUCGGUUGGAUACAAUAUUUCUGCACAGCAGCUCUUCGCGAACCCAAAGGACUGACUCAUAAAAAUCACCAGGUUUUUAUUGUUAUGAACCCCAUUGAUUUGAACCUGGAGAAGCCUAUCUUAUCGCAACCCUUUACCUGUGAGGUCGAACACAAACUGGGUGUUGUUGCCUGUGUCGGUGGCGGCCAGAUCAAAUGUCGUGUCGUUUUGGAUCGUGGCGGGUACGUACCCGGCGAGAAUAUACUCGUCACCGCAUUUAUAUCAAACUCUAGCAACGUGACCAUCAAACGAACCAAGGCGUCGCUCACUGAGACCAUUGAGUACUUAGCACGAGGCAAGACGGUUCAAUCAGAGAAGCGCGCAUUGGCUGUAUUGGUACGUGGCAAAAUACGUCCUGGUGGCAAGGACGAAUGGCACAAUGACAGCCUUUAUGUGCCACCGUUGCCGCCAACAAAUCUGCAAGGCUGUCAUUUGAUCAAAAUUACCUACGAUGUUUUUUUUGUCAUCGAACCAAAGUCUCUGGAAAAGGAAAUCAAAUUGCAGCUGCCAAUUGUUUUAGCUACAUAUCCAUUCCGAAAUAAUACCAAUGAUGUUUCGAACACAUGGCCUGAAUCCGUACUGAAACCGGACACACACUAUCCAUCGACGUUGCCCAUAUUUCGCCCAUGGCUGCAUGAAAAACCGAAUGCAUAACCUCCAUGAUUGUCACUCGACACGAUACAAAAAAUUGUUGGAUUAAUAUUUACGCCAUACCUUAACUUAUAACUUAUUUAACUUUUAAUGACUUGUAAUGCUUCAAGUAUGAAAA